AUGAUUGAUACACGGCAGCGUUUCAACCGCCUUUUUCGUCGAAAGAAUGGUGAACAACAACAAAAGCAACAAUCAACAGGCGAAUUGCGAAGGACCGAAUCGACGUCCUCGUACAUGCAGAGGCGGCGACACAUUUAUGUCAAUAUGGAGUUACCGUCAUUCGAGUACGACGAGCAGGGAAAUCGCAUAAGCGGCCAAUAUGUCAGCAAUCGCAUUCGCACAGCCAAAUACACUCCUUUGACUUUUAUUCCCAAAAACCUCUUUGAGCAGUUUCGUAAUGUGGCCAACUUGUACUUUUUAUUGCUGGUGGUGUUGCAAUGCAUUCCCAUCUUUGGUGUCACAGAGCCAGCCGUAUCAGCACUACCACUCAUGGCGAUCUUGUUGAUCACGGCCAUCAAGGAUGCGAUCGAGGAUUACCGACGUAGCCAAAGCGACAGCCGAGUCAACAAUGCAAAGACGUUAAAGCUGGCCAACUGGACCAAUGUCAAUGUGGAAGAUACCAGUGGAAGUCGAUGGCACGGGUUGCAUAUCUUUUUCGGCUUCUUUUGCAUGUUGGCAGGCGUUGAGAACCGUUAUGCACAUACGUAUCGAUUAUCCAUCACGCGUAAAAAGCCUGUGCAGCAAGCAGCUUUGGAUACUGCCAGCACUCGAUUAUCAAGAACCAGUAGUAGUAUACGACGACCCGCAUCAUCUUAUGCAGCUCAUAGUGAUCAACCCUCGUCAUCAGCAUCAUCACCACCAUCCAAGCGACAACAACAACAGCGUUAUGGAGACCAACAACAUCUUCAGCAACCUGAAUCAUCAUCAUCACCUCGACCAGGAUCCAGGUUACUAAGCACAGUGCGACAACGAUCGGAUACGCUACGUUCAGAACUCAGCAGCAUGUUCAAACCUCCUACCAUCAAACGCAAAUCCCGCCAACCUUAUCGACCCGGUUCCAUUCCUCACUCUGUAUUGUAUCGUACACCGACCACUGAAACGGGUGUGGAGGAUGCUGGUGGUUUGCCAAGACGUAGUACAAGUAUGAGACGACGACCUUCGAGUGUCCAUCCUGGAGAAGAGGAAGAAAAGUGUGCGGAUUUGGCACCAGGUGAUCCACCAGCACGCAAAUGCAAGGUGUUUUGGCAAGAGGUGCGUUGGGAAGAUUUGUCAGCUGGUGAUUAUGUCAUGCUGCGCAACAAUGAUGAUGUCCCUGCCGAUAUCGUUGUCUUGUCAACAUCUGAAACGGACAACAUGUGCUUUAUUGAAACUCAAAAUCUCGAUGGCGAGACCAAUCUCAAGACGCGUCAAGGAUUGACAGCCACAGCCGAUUUGCGUACGGUGCAUGAUUGUGAACGAGCACGUUUUUACAUUGAAAGUGAACCUCCUCAUGCCAACUUGUAUCAGUACAAUGCUGCCUUGCGAUGGGAUAUUGAUCAACCAGAGGAUAAUCAAACAACCGUAUCGCAUCAGAAAACAGAAGCCGUCACCUACAGCAACAUUCUUUUGCGUGGUUCGGUGCUUCGUAAUACGCAAUGGCUCAUUGGCGUGGUGGUCUUUACAGGCGUGGAAACAAAGAUCAUGCUCAAUUCAGGCGCUACGCCAUCCAAACGUAGCAAGAUCCAAAAGGAAACCAAUCCUCAUGUCAUUGCCAACUUUGUUAUUCUUGCCAUCAUUUGUAUUGUAAGCUCAGUCCUCGACAGUGUUUAUUUUGGGACCAGUGGAUCGAUGCCGUUCUUUGAUUUCGAGAUACGUGGUAACAAUGCAAGUUAUGAUGGUUUCCUGACAUUCUGGGUAACCUUGAUCCUGUACCAAAACAUUGUGCCGAUCUCCUUGUAUAUUUCGGUUGAAAUUGUAAAGACGUUUGCGGCAUACUUUAUUUAUGCGGACAUUGACAUGUACUAUGAAAAGACGGAUACCCCUUGUAUUGCCAAGACAUGGAACAUUUCUGAUGAUCUGGGACAAAUCGAGUACAUCUUCUCCGACAAGACGGGCACCUUGACGCAAAACGUGAUGGAGUUUCGUAAAUGCACCAUUGAUGGCGUAUCGUAUGGCUUGAGUUCUACUGAGACCGAUUUGAUGCGAGAUCAACAGCAACAAGGGGAUGAAAAGAUGGAUUUAUCGGAUGCUGAGGAUGCUGAAGAGAAUCGCAUGUCGGCCGUUAUGAAGGAGAUGUUUAAGAAACAACAGCUCUUGUUUGAAAACAAGCACGUGGGCCCCAAACCCACCUUUGGUGACCCCAAGUUUUUCGAAGACCUUGGCAAACAAGAUACGCCUCAUUCUGUUGCUAUGAUCCACUUCAUGUCAGCCUUGGCAUUGUGUCACACCGUCAUUGCCGAAUGGCCCAGCGAAGAGAAUCCCGAUUUGAUCGAUUAUCGCGCCACUUCACCUGAUGAAGCUGCCCUGGUGGCAACGGCACGUGAUCUUGGUUUUAGCUAUAUUGGUCGUGAUGCAAACACCUUGUCCGUUGAAAUUAUGGGUGAAGUCAAAAACUUUGAAUUGCUGGAUACGCUCGAAUUCAAUUCGUCACGCAAACGUAUGAGUGUGGUUAUCAAGCCCCAUGACAGUGAUCGUAUCAUUUUGUUAUGCAAAGGUGCCGACUCGGUCAUUUAUGAACGUCUCUGCGAAGACUUUGGUGAUCAAGCCGAACUUGAAAAGUCGCAAAAGCAUCUUCAGACCACCACCAUGGAUCAUCUCGAAGCCUAUGCUAAUGAAGGUUUACGUACACUGUGUCUUGCGUAUCGUUUCAUUUCUCAAGAAGAAUACAAGAUGUGGAAUCGAAGAUACCAAGAAGCGUGUGCUAGCUUGUACAAUCGUGAACAAAAGGUGGAUGAAGUGUGUGAAGAAAUCGAAGUCAACAUGUUGUUGAUGGGCGGCACAGCUAUUGAGGAUCGAUUGCAGGAUGGUGUUCCUGAAACGAUUGCUGAGCUUGCACAAUCUGGUAUCCGUUUGUGGGUAUUGACAGGCGACAAGACCGAGACAGCUAUCAACAUUGCCUAUUCGUGUAACCUCAUCACCAACGACAUGCAAAUGCUGAUUUUGAAAGCCGACACGCGUGCUGAUACCGAGAAGCAGAUCAAAGACGCUUUGGCAGCAGCCUAUGAUCCCAAGGCGAAUCAAAAGCUGGCUUUGGUCAUUGAUGGUACCACCUUGAAGUAUGCCUUGGAGGAUGAAUAUCGUGACAUGUUGCUACGUCUCGGCAUGAAGUGCAAUAGCGUCGUAUGCUGUCGUGUCAGCCCCAAGCAAAAGGCUCAGGUGGUGACUUUGGUCAAACGAGGUCUCAAGGUAAUGACGCUCGCCAUUGGUGAUGGUGCCAAUGAUGUCAGCAUGAUUCAAGAAGCCAAUGUGGGUAUUGGUAUCUCUGGUGUGGAAGGUCGUCAAGCUGUGAUGGCUUCUGAUUAUGCUAUUGCCCAAUUCCGAUUCCUACGCAAAUUGUUGCUGGUACACGGCCGCUGGUCCUAUCUACGCACAGCUGAAAUGAUCAUGGGCUUCUUUUACAAGAACAUUGUAUGGACAUUUGUAUUGUUUUGGUUCCAAAUCUUCUGCCAGUUUACAGGCUCAAUGAUCUUUGAUUACUCGCUCGUGACAUUGUACAACUUGAUCUUCACCUCGCUGCCGAUCAUCUUUUUGGGUAUUUGGGAUCAAGAUCUCUCUGCAAAGAUCUCGCUGUGCUAUCCAGAAUUGUAUCGGAUGGGUCUACGCAAUGACAAGUUCAAGGUGUGGCGUUUUUGGGCAACGAUCUUUGAUUCGAUUUUCCAAUCGGCCGUGUGCUUCUUUUUCCCUUACAUGCUGCUGAUUGCAGGUGCACCUGAUAAGGCGGGCUAUAUUUCGAAUGGUGUUUAUGAAACAGGCACUGUAAUGUCAAGUAUCGCAGUGAUUGUGGCCAAUUUGUUUGUCGGCUUGUCCUUGUAUGAGUUCACGUGGAUCCAAAUCGGCAUUAUUGCUUUAUCCAUCUUGGUAUACUAUGCCUUUGUUGGUAUCUAUGCCCAGUUCAAUACGUUUAUCUUUGCUGGUCACGAUCGCCUAUUUGCUGUUGGAUACUAUUGGCUUAUCCUUAUCCUCACGGUCUUUGCCAGUUUCUUGCCACGUGUCACGGCCCUGUAUUAUUUGCACGUGUAUCAACCAUACGACAAUGAUAUUGUACGUGAAAUCGAGCUUGUUCUAAAGAAUGGCAGAUAUGAACGACGCGAAUCUCUAAGUGCUGGAAGAGAAACUGGAUUACCUCCCAACCAUGUCAAGCAAGAGCAACAACAAUCACAACAACCGAAUAGCAGCAACAACACAUGA